UUUUUCCUCUCACACACUCUCUCUCUCGUUUUCACAUUCACUGUUACUUCUUCAUAGAACUUCUCACUCUCUCUUCACACAACUGUACUCUCUCUGGAGAUUUGAAGAAAACCCUAAUUCCCAAUUUUCUUUUGUCGUUUUCCUUCUCCGGCGAGGAGAUUUUCUAGAUCUAAAGAAAAAGUUUCCAUCUUCACGAAUGCAAUAACUGAGAAAAAAAACUCACAAGGAUAAUGUCAAGCUCCGACCCGAAACCCGGACCUAAACCGGGUCCAUGGCCUCCAGCUCCAGAAUCCGCCGCAAUGCCACCGUCUUCUUGGGCUAAAAAAACCGGAUUUCGUCCCAAAUUCUCCGGUGAGACUACCGCCACUGAUUCCUCCGGUCAGCUCUCAUUACCGGUUAGAGCUAGACAACCAGAAACCCAACCGGAUCUUGAAGCUGGUCAAACCAGACUCCGUCCUCCUCCUGUCUCCUCCUCCGCCGUAGCUAACGGUGAGACGGAUAAAGAUAAGAAAGAGAAACCACCACCACAAACAACAACAACACCACCUCCACCUCCUGGUUCUGUUACUGUUCCGGUUAAGGAUCAGCCGGUUAAGAGAAGGAGAGAUUCUGAUGGAGUUACUGGAAGAUCAAAUGGACCUGAUGGAGCUAAUGGGUCAGGUGACCCGGUUAGAAGACCGGGUCGUAUUGAAGAGACAGUUGAGGUUUUGCCUCAGAGUAUGGAUGAUGAUUUAGUGGCUAGAAAUUUGCAUAUGAAGUAUGGUCUCAGAGAUACUCCUGGACUUGUUCCAAUUGGGUUCUAUGGUUUGCAACAUUACCUUUCAAUGUUAGGAUCAUUGAUUCUGGUUCCACUGGUUAUUGUACCUGCAAUGGGAGGUUCCCACGAGGAUAUUGCAAAUGUUGUAUCGACUGUACUUUUUGUCUCUGGAAUCACUACACUGUUGCAUACUUCGUUUGGGUCGAGGCUUCCUUUGAUUCAAGGACCUUCCUUUGUUUUUCUUGCUCCGGCUUUGGCUAUAAUAAACUCUCCGGAGUUUCAAGGUUUGAAUGGAAAUAAUAACUUCAAGCAUAUCAUGAGGGAGCUACAAGGUGCAAUCAUAAUUGGUUCAGCUUUUCAAGCAGUGCUUGGAUACAGUGGCCUAAUGUCACUGAUUUUGAGGUUGGUCAAUCCAGUAGUUGUUGCUCCGACAAUAGCUGCAGUUGGACUUUCUUUUUACAGCUAUGGUUUCCCGCUUGUUGGUAAAUGUCUUGAGAUUGGUGUUGUGCAAAUAUUACUUGUGAUCAUCUUUGCUCUUUACCUCCGGAAAAUCUCAGUUUUAAGCCAUCGUAUUUUCCUGAUUUAUGCGGUUCCAUUGAGUCUUGCAAUCACUUGGGCUGCUGCAUUCCUUCUAACCGAAGCAGGAGCUUUCACCUACAAAGGUUGUGACCCAAACGUUCCUGUCUCAAAUGUUGUAUCGAGCCACUGCAGAAAAUACAUGACCAGAAUGAAGUACUGUCGGGUUGAUACUUCUCAUGCACUGAGUUCCGCCCCUUGGUUUAGGUUUCCUUACCCCUUGCAAUGGGGUGUACCGAUAUUCAACUUGGAAAUGGCUUUUGUUAUGUGCGUAGUCUCCAUAAUUGCUUCAGUAGAUUCGGUUGGUUCGUACCAUGCUUCUUCUCUAUUAGUAGCAUCAAGGCCUCCAACUCGUGGUGUUGUGAGUCGGGCUAUCGGUCUUGAAGGUUUCACAAGUGUCUUAGCCGGUCUUUGGGGUAUGGGUACUGGUUCAACCACUCUAACCGAAAACGUUCACACAAUCGCUGUGACCAAAAUGGGAAGCCGCAGAGUCGUUGAGUUAGGGGCAUGUGUUUUGGUUAUAUUUUCCCUUCUUGGCAAGGUUGGAGGGUUUCUCGCAUCAAUUCCGCAAGUCAUGGUUGCCUCUCUUCUUUGCUUUAUGUGGGCAAUGUUUACGGCUUUAGGUCUUUCCAACUUACGUUAUAGUGAAGCUGGAAGCUCACGGAAUAUCAUAAUUGUCGGGUUGUCGCUGUUCUUUUCUCUCUCUGUCCCAGCUUACUUCCAGCAAUACGGCAUUUCUCCAAACUCGAAUCUCUCCGUUCCAAGUUAUUACCAACCUUACAUUGUUUCUUCUCAUGGACCCUUCAAAAGCCAAUAUAAAGGGGUGAACUAUGUGAUGAACACGCUCUUAUCGAUGAACAUGGUGAUUGCGUUCAUAAUGGCUGUGAUUUUGGACAACACUGUCCCGGGGAGCAAGCAAGAACGCGGAGUUUAUGUUUGGUCUGAUAGUGAGACUGCAACAAGAGAACCAGCACUUGCUAAAGACUAUGAGCUGCCGUUUCGGGUGGGUCGGUUUUUCAGAUGGGUCAAAUGGGUGGGCAUUUGAGAAAACAACACAAUGGCAAAAAGUGGUAAAUAUGUCAGAUGAGAGAUCCCUCUUUUUCUUUUAUUUUCAUCUUCUCUGUUAUUUUGAUUAGUAGUCACGGUGAAGCUUUUUCUUGGGUCGCAAGUUUGUCUAUUGGAGAGUUUUUGGUUAAAACAGAGAAUAUGGAAGUGAUGUUGUUGUAAGAUAUAUAGAUUAUGAUCAAAUGCUUUUGUAACUAGAGUUAUUCAUUUUUUUCACUAUCUAUAUUUUUUCUUGUUUGGUAAA